AUGGCCGAGCUGUCGACAACCUGGCAGCCUCGGCUGCUGCUGCAGUCUUUCUGCAGCAACGCAGCGACUGUCUCCUCCCUGUCUCUCUCUACUCCGCCGCCCUCGGUUGCGGAGCGAGAAGCGCGUGGGGAAGUUCUCUUCUCUCUGUGUGGCGGCUCUCUCUUUGCUGUUGCGCUGGACGCGGCGGUCCGCUCGAGCUCGGCUGACAAGACCAACGGAGCGGAGGAACGGGCGAGAGAUCCAGGUGUACAUACACCAGAGGAAGCGGGGCCGUUGACUGCGCCUGCUUUCCUGCGCAAUCCCUUCGCCGCGCCGCAGCGGCUCAUCGAUGAGGAAGUUGAAGAGGGACUGGCAGCCUUCGCUGCCGCUGACCUCUCGUUUUCCUCCUCUCCUCCUCCCCUGCAUGCUUCCUCUUCUGCACGCCGCGAGGGUUUGCUGGUGACUGCAGGAGCCAGCACCGGCCUCGUGCGGUGUUUCCGGGUGUACGUACAGCCGAGGCAAGGGACCCCUGAAGAGGAGGACGAGACGGCAGAUGCCUCUCGAGGCCUGCAGCUCCUUCGCGCGAUGCAACAGAGGACGGGCGAAGGAAAGGAAAACGCAGUUGCAUCUCCUGUUCUCCUGAAUGGAGAAAAUGGCUCUGGAUCUUGGUUGAAGAUGGAAGAGCUCGUAAAGUGGAAGAGCCCGAGCGCAGUGACUCGGCUGAUCGUUGUCUCUGCGCCCUUCGCGCCUCCGUUCCUGCUGAGCCGAGCGCGGAAGGCGGUGUGCCGGUGUGUGGCGAUGGGCUGCGCAGACGGGACGGUCGAGUGUGCCUUGUUUCUGUUCUUCCAAGGGGAGAAAAAGGAGAACGAGGAGGGCGAAGAAGACGGCCGCCCAGCACAGCUCCAGGUCGUUCAGCGCUGUUUCGUGGACAGGCUGAGCGGCGAAGCUGUCAGCUCGAUGAAAUUCCAUUCGUCACGCCUCCUCCUGGCGGUGGGCGGCGAGCGAGGAAGUUUACGGCUCAUCGACUUGUGCCCGUCGGUGCUGGCUUCUUUGUGCGCGGUCGCCGGCCGACCAGAAGCCCACUCGAGUCGCCGGUCGAGUGUAUAUACACUCGCCGACCACAUGUCGGCCAUCAACAGUCUGGCCUUCGUUGACGCGGAUGCGGCGGCGAAGAAGCACACUGCCGGGGACGCGAGCGAGCGGCGACCCCGCGCCACGCCAGUCGCGCACCUUGUGUCUGCUGGUGGAGACAAACUCAUCAACUUUUGGAACCUUGAUAGAUUGCCGGAGAGUGCAGGCGACCUCGAGGCAACUGCCGUUGAACUGGGAGGGCGAAAAGGAGACGGCAAGCGAAAGGAACUGAGCAAAAAGGCACACAUGACAGCGGACGACGAGCUGACUCCUGCCUUUCAGUUUCCCACUUCGGAACUCAUUACAGCCAUGGUGUACGUACACCCGAGAAUGGAGGAAGGCGAGUCGGUCGACCGAAAGACACAGUUCAGGGACAAGAAGGAAGAACGAGGCGUGCUCAUUGUCGGAGGAGAACAAGGAACUCUCUUCGUCCUCUCCCUCCAGCUUCGAAAGUUCAUUCGGAGUUUGCCGCUCCCCACGCGGAGCGCGGCGGCGGUGGCGGCUUCACUUGCAGGUUCUUCCGCGCCUUCGCCGGCGUCAUCCCAGCGACAGUUGGAAGACUUCAACGCCGUCGUGCGCAGCCUCACUCUGCUCUCGCGAGACGGGACUGUCCAUGUUCUCGCAGCACAGGAGUCAGGCGCAAUUGCGCUUCUUCCCCUCGCGCUCUUCUUUUCUGCGCACUCUCUGCCGUCUCCCGCCCUGAGGAAACAAGCUCUCGCGAGCUCCGCCUUCUUCAUCGGCAGAAUGGACGGAAUCCUCGGCACCAAAUUCCUCCCGCAGCCCCCUGCUUGCGACUGUCCGUGCUGCCGCGCUCGGCGGGACACCCUCAGCCUCGGCGAGGCCCGAAUCGGACGUGGAAAACGAAAGAGAGAAGACGCGUUGGAAGAGGACGAAGACUCGCCUCUCGCUCCGUCGUUUCCUCGCUCGCUUGUCGCUCUCGUCGGCGAGCGACAGCCGUGGGUGUUGCGCCUCGACGGCCCCGCAGGGGAAGGUCACCCUGUGGGUUGGACAGCCGAGAGCACAGAAGAAUCUGCAGACGAUCAGAAAGGGGAAUUCCCGGGAUCGCGCCUCACAGAGGCGCACGAGGCGCCUGCCGCAUGCUGCGAUGUGUCUCGAAAAGGUUGCUGGGUGCUUAGUGGCGCGUCAGACGGCUCGAUCGCGGUUUGGCACGUGGCGACAGGAAAUUGCCUCGCGCGCGUUCCGCCGGGGCACCACGGGGGCGCAAUCAACGCCGUCGCGUUCCAGCAGAAAGAGUGGUUGCGGCCGUCUCCGCUUUUCAAGAAGGGCGCGCCUGUGGACGUCGCCGCGGACUCGUCUCGGAAAGACAAACGGGGAGAUUCCUCCGGCUCCGCUGUGUGUUCGUGUGACUGUCGAGGCAUCAAUUCCUCUACGCCUCACUCGCUUCUCUUCGCCGCUGCGUCCUCCGGUGACCACGCCGUGAAGGUUUGGAAGGCGGAGAUUUCCCCUGCCUUUCUGUCGCAAACUCGAGGGAAGCGGCGCGAAACCGACGGAGCGUCUGCAAAGCGCAAAGACGCCGACAAUGCAAAAUGCAGUGCUCCGCAACUCCUCGUCACAUCUCUUGCCUCUGUCGUCGCUCAUCGAAAAGAAAUCAACGACGUAAAGAUCUCCCCUAAUGACUCGCUCCUGUGCACCGUCAGCCAGGACAAAACGGGAAAGCUCUUCGCGUUCCCUUCUCUCGUGUACAUCGGCGAGCUGCGUGGUCACACGCGCAGCAUUUUCGCAUGCGCCUUCCCCAAACGCGAGAAAAUCGUUGCCACUGCGAGCGCAGAUUCCACAGUGAAGCUGUGGAACGUUGACACGUGUGCAUGCAUCAAAACCUUUCAGAGCACUGUGGGAGGAGGCAUCCUCGCCCUCAGCUUUUUGUCGAGAGACACGCAGCUGGUCACCGGGACGAGCGAGGGGCUCCUCCAGCUGUGGAAUUGUCGAACUGCGGAGUGUAUAUGGUGUCUCGACGUCUGCGGUCCGGCGAUGGUCACGGGCGGCUCAGGCGGCCAGUUGUGCUUGUGGGAAGACAUCACAAAACUUGCACGACGCAAAGCUGAGCUGGCGCAGCAGCGAGAGACUCAGCAGCUUGCAGCGUUGAAGUUGUUGGCGGCGGAGGGCCGCGGCGACGAAGUGUUUUCGUUGCUGCUGCGGCUGCGAAGAAAGGCGGGCAUGCGCGAGUUUUUGGAGACGCAGAGCGGGAAGGUGCUGCUCGAGGCGUUCCAGAGAGGCCUCGAUCUCCAGCGGCAAAUCGUUCUGCAUGCUGGUCGCCCGCUCGCUCUGUCCGGCUCCGACCGAGACGUUUCGACUUCGACUUUCGGCCGGUUCACCUCGUUCCUGGAGUCUCUCGAGGAAGAGCGCGAAGCGAGAGGCGCCGGAGCGGGCGAGGGCGAGACGCACAGCGCUCGUGCGAAGAAGCGGAAGAACGGCGGCGUCAAGCGCGAGGAGAGUGAGGCAGGGAAUGGAAAGAAGCGAGACGGCACGCCUUUGCGGAGUGCGUGGCUCUGCGGUUUGGACGGCGAACUUUCGCUGCUCGACUUGCUGCGAAACAUGAAGAAGAAAGAUGUCGAAACGCUCCUCGAAUUCGCGGCAGACUGGAACACAAACAGCCACAGUGCGUGGCUAGCCCAGGGUUUGGUCAACCUUCUCCUGGAAGUCCGGGGCGCCGACAUUCUCGGCGACGCCGCGAAAGGCCGGCAGAGAGACUUUGACGUGCAGAACGUGAUCAGCAGCUUCUGCGCGUACACCGAGAGACACGACCGACGCCUCACGGCUCUGAUUGAGAAAACGUUCCUCUUGGACCUGCUGCAAGGCUGCGAGGCGGUCGGCGAGAGCGACAGCCGCCGCGAACGCGAGCGCAGAGAAAAGACGCAGAACUUGACUCCAGAAGACGCCACGACGUUCACGCGCCUCUGUCUGUACGGAGAAGAAAACGAACAGACCGAGAUGCCUCGGAGCGAGAGAAAAACAAAGGCAGUGGCCGCAGAGGAAGGAGCGAGUCAAGGCGUCGUGGAAGAAGAAGAUGAAGAGGAAGAAGAAGAGGACGAAGGGGAAGAAGAGGAAGAAGGGGAAGGUGGAGAUGGGGAGGAAACCGAGGAAGAAGACGAAGCAGAAGGAGAGGAAGACGGUGACAGUGAAGAGGAAGAAAGUGAAAGUCAAGAGGAAGCCGAAGAGGAAGAGGACGAAUGA